CGGUGAACAUCCAAAAAUGGUGUGGCGUAGCAGAGUUUCCGUGAGGGGGCCUCUGAAGACGACGAAAUUCACCAUAUUCUCUUUCAUCCAUCUCACUGCAGUCUCCGGUCAUCAAUUACUGCUUCACUGUCUUUUUCUUACUUCUAUCGUAUACACCCACGCUAAGUACACAUCAUAUGUAUCAGAACUCCCCCUUGACUACAAAUAUCGAUUCAAGGCUUAACAAUUUCACUACUCUCUCUUCAAUACCCACGAGCAUGUUAGCACUUCCGAUCUGUCUGAAAUAUAUCUGAAAGGAGCAAACCGAAUAGCUGAAGGAACUCUAAGACAAAUCUUAAGACCAAAAUACAGUCUGCAUAUCAAACAUGUCUGAUCAUGUAUCCCGCUCAUACGCUGAUUGUGAAGGCAGAUCUUCAAAUACCACCCGAGCCUAUCAAUCUAUGUGGAUGGGUCAUUGGGGAGGUACAAGUUGCAAUACAGGAAGAGCACGCCAAGUUGAUAGUGGUUUAUCUCUUCGUCAUGAAAGUAGUGGCGAUCCAGUUAACACUAAGAAUCUCCCUGCACCUUUAAAGGAUGAGAUAGAACCUUCUUCUCAAAGGCUAGCAUUAUCGCUCGCUAACUUCCCUGAAACAGAUCGCAAUUAUGGAUCAUCAAGUAAAUUUUCAUCAUUUCCAGCGACUUCCUCAACAGAAGAGCAUGUAGGUAAGAUGAAUAAUUCCGGCUUGGCUCUUGCUGUUCCAUGCACAGACAUCUUCACCAAGUUAAUUGAGGGUAGGCCUAAUGCUUUUGAAAAAGGGAAACUGACGUCGUUAAUGAGUAGAUAUGAAUCAAAGGAACAUUUCCCAAACACCGAUCUCGCAAUUAUGGGACAAACUACCCGUUCUUCUGUUUUCCCUCGUGAAGAGAAAAUAGACAAUAACCCGCCUUCAAAGAAACUGAACAGAUCCAUGUUUCUACACAAUCCUUCAAGUAACAAAACCGUGUUACCUGUGUUCAUGGGUCAACAGUUGAGGGACAUGCAGAAUAUUUCAAAAAUAAGUACUGAAACUCCGUCUCAAUGUCAAGAAUGUUAUGCAUUGCCUGGAAAUAAACAUUGCAUACAUAAGGCGAAGACUUCUAAUAUAUUUGCCACUUCAGAUUCGACUGAGGAAUUUGAUGAUCCGACAAGAAAUGGUUUUCCAUUGGGAGAUACAAUGCUACCUACUCAAUCGAAGGUGGAUAUGUUUGGAAAGUUUUUGAAAUUUACUAGUGACGGUGGUCUGUUUCGGGAAAAAAGUGGCGUAAAACUCCAGUUAUUAAGUAGCUCUUCAGAUAGUGAUGGGAAAUGUAGUAAUAAAGACGGUUUAAGUAAUCCUCAACUCCUCAAGAAUGAAUCGUCUGCUGAGACUGAUACAAUGGACAUGGAGGCCUUAAGGGAGCAAAACGUUCUUUCUGGCUUGAAUUCUUCUGUGCAGAAUAAGGACAACCUUGUGGCAGGUACUACAUUCUCCAGCUUACACAGAAAAGGCAAAGAAAUUCAGGGGAUGACCCAAAAUCAAGUUUCAGCAUCACAGUUCCUCUCAAAAGAACUGCCAAAUCCUUUUCGUUUGAAUUCACGUCCACACAUGGUAGAUCCAGGCAGCCGAUGGCUUAAGCGUCUUAAACUUAUAAACGUCUCAGCAGAUUCGCUGGUUAUUAGUGCUAAAAGAUCAAAUCCAGAAGAGGAACAACCACCACCGUUCUUUCUUCGCGAAAACAACAAAAGACAAAAAUCGAAAGUCGAAGAAAAGGCCACAAGAAAAGAGGAGAAAUCAAAUAUAGCCCAAGGUCGAGAUACGUUGAUUUCGCAUGCUUGGAUUCAGAGGUGGUGUCGUAAUAAAGUUGUGGAUACGAAUGGUAAGAUCGGAAAUGAAGUUAUUCGCAAACCGAAGAAGUUUAAAUUGGAAUCAGAGGUGGAGUUUCAGAACAAGCAGUUUCCGAGUAUUGGUGCUAUGGCUUUAAUGGGGAAAACUCUGGCUGGUUUUCAAUCAAUAGAACUUACAAGGAAAGGUUCUUCUUUUGUUUGGAAUACCUAGAGUUUCUAAAAAUGGAAUCUGAGAAGUAAAAGUAUACAAAUUAGUUGAGGCGGCGGGAAAGAAGAAUAAGGUAAGAUUAGUUUUGAAUAAUAGUGGUUAAGUAUCGGUUUAGUUCUAAUGUCUGUUUAGUUAAAUGUCGUGUUUGGGAUCUGGGAUCGUGUUUCAUUUCUCUGCAUUUCCUGCUUUACUCUGAACCUUUGUGUUUUUGUUGCUAUCAACAUGUUUGUUUUGAGCAGUUAUGAAUGUAUGUUCUUACUUUUCUUUGCCACUUUAUUUAUGUUUUAGACUUUUUC